GGCGUCCCCGCCUCCGUCUCUCCACUUCCCAACUCUGUUUUACUGAUCCGGGCCCGGCCGUGAUCACAUCUCGCUCCGUCUCUGCAGCCCUGCCGGAUCUUGUUUAUCAAAUGCUCUACAGAAGACCGACGACAAGAAGAAGGAGUCUCCCAUCCUCUUCCUCUCUCGCUUCUUUCUCUCUCUUCUCCUCGCUCGCGCUUUUAAUUGCGUUCACAUGACAACUCCCUCGCGCUCUUAGGGGGCCCCAAGCCUGACUCGGCCUAAUUCAUGCCUGUGCUUCUGCCCGACCCCAGCUUCCCGAAUCUCAUCGUCGCCCGGGACGCCGCAAAUACCAGCCACCAGCUCCAACCAGUCGUGUGCGCAUGGUCAUUGAGUGGGGAGUACGGGACGGGCUCAAGAAUAUUGUACUAUGUCUUGGUGGCAGCCUGUGUGCUCGCUCGCAAGUCAGAAUGGCUUCGGAACGCUUGCUUGGCCGCCGCGCUGGUCAUUCCGGCCACUGCUGCGAUCCACGCCAUCGUUCUCGCGGCAUUGCAUGUUGACGACGCGAUAGAUAUGGACAUCUACGGCGCCUUCCAAUUCUGCACCAUUGGCAUCUUGACCGCGCCUGCGACGGUCAGACUAUCCAAGACGUACUUCAACAACCCUGGGAGAAAUGUCAUGUUUGUGUGGACCAUGCUGCUGCUUGCAGGUUUGAGCACUCCCGUCUCUUCGUUGUGUAGGCGCCGAUUCCCUCGGAUUCUGACCCCCGCAGGACUCGUGUCUUUGACGGUCGAAUUCUUCCGCACGGAUUCGAAGCCAUGCACGGAUGACGGCUCCGGCCAGCCGCUCUAUCGCGGCGCCGAGUUUCCCUACGGCAAGGCGACUUGCGGCAUGAUCUGUUCACCCGAUGCUGGUCCCUUCAGUCCCAUGAGGACUGGCGCAUCCGACAACAUCAACGUGGUACCAGCGCCCACCAUCCUCAACUUCGGCGCCGCCACUCUCAUUGCCGCCGCCUGCUGCGUACCUGGCAUUCUCUCGAUGGUCUCCAUGUGGGACAAGAUCCUGAGGACCAACUGGGCGAAGCAAUUCGGCCCUGGAGACACAGACGAGCUCAUCUCGGGGACCAACGGCGCGACCGAGAAGGGGAUGAAGACGGUGAAUGACGUGAUCCGACGCCUCCUGGGCCUCGUUGAGAUUCCCGUGUUCGGCGGCGCCGUGCUCGCUCUUAUCGUCACGGGGGAGCUCAACUUCUGGAGCAAGGCGAUGAAGUACGACACGGAUCCCCUCGGCAACAUCUCACAGUGGAGCUCGAUCGCCGCCUCCGUGUUUGCGGCCUGCGGAUCGCUCUACAUGCUGUUUGCCGAGGGCCUCGAGGUCCAGGAGAACCUUGCGACACCUGCGUACCCGGCGGGUGUCUGCACUUGUCUGUGCCAUGAACACAGCAGCCGUUCGGAUUCCCUGAGCGACAACGAUGCUGCGAACAUGCAGCAAAUCCAAGCACAAGGCGCUCCAACAAAUGCCGGUCUUGGCCGACGUGCCACUUCACCCGCUCGCAUGCUCACACCCGUCCGCACCGACACAGCCCCCGACACUGACAGCCAGGCACAUGGGCUCGGCAUUCGUCCCAUGGACUCCGGUUCCUCGACGGGGAGCCGGCGAGAUGUGAGGAAUGCGUUGAUGAGAUUCGCGACCGCACUCGGAACCGUGUCACCGACGCGGUUCGACGACUACGAGUUCCGACACGGUGAAGCCACCGCCUUCCCCCAGGUCCCAGGAGAAGAGAACCGAAACAGGCGGCUGCCGCAGAUCAGGGAGCAGUGGGGACAGAGCACGCUCGACGCCGACGACACGCUGACGCCGCGUGGGCGGCGCUCGAGAGCUAACAGCUUCCACGGCACCACCGCUUCCCGGUCCAAUUCUGUCGGCCCGCCGGCCUCCUCGCCGGAAUCCCCAACGCCGGCGCGGCCUUCGGCGGCCUCCUUCCUGGGGCUGCCGACCACAUCGAGCCCCGAAAGCAUGACCGAACCGGUCUUUCCUGCCCGACCGUCGGCUGAGCUGGAGACUGCCCGGCCGUCAGCUGAGCGGGAAACUGCCUGGCCGUCGGCUGAGCCGGAAACGGCCCGACCGUCGGCUAAAUCGGAGACGGCCCGGCGGCGAGGCAACACCGUCGUGACGCUCCACGAGGGGCUCAACUCACCGGCGAUCGUUCUCUCGUCAGACGAGGAGCCGAGCCAGACGUCUCCGCCGGCCGCGGCAAGCGCAGGCCCCGCGGAGAGGCCGCCGCCGUGACAACGCCACGUUCGAGACAAGCAACAGGGUUUUUUUCUGAUUGAUGCAUGAACCAUGAAUGAAUUUUGCAGCUGUAAACAUAGAAUGGGCACUGGGACCUGGGCGGCUACCUGUAUUUAUUUCACGAGAAGCUCAAGCGGUGUGAGUUGCUGUCCUAGAUGCAAACGAGGUUAAAUCACGUUCAAGCAAGCUUCGCGGUACAUUCCGUCGAUUCUCGGCCCCAACUCCGUCUUUCCGGGAUACCAAUCAAGCUCGUUGUUUUAGGGCUCAUUACCAUGUCACACUGGCCGUUCAGUUUGUCAGGUCUGAGCUCUGCAGGAGUCGCCAUGUUGCUGGAGUGACGAGGGCAACUUCUCGUGUGUCGCCCCUAGAACUGGCAACAAGCUGAGUGAUCGCAUAAAGGCAAC